AUGAAUACAGAAACCCCAAAUAAUACUUCCAAUUCAAAAAAGGACGCCAUUAUUGAACAAUUAGUAGCCUUAUUUCCUGAUGCCGACCCCGGAUAUUUGCGUUACUGUGUUGAAUUUUACCAAGACAACCACGUUGAACGGAUCAGCGAAAAAAUAUGCAACCAAAAUAAAGGUCAUUAUCCGAUAAAGCCGGAUAAUUGUCGUAGUGCUAAUUGUACAAAGGCUAAAAACAUUUACCUUAAACAAUUAAAUGAGUUGUUUCCUGAAUGUGAUGUGGGUUUCCUUCGUGAAAAAUUAUGUUGCUUUGACCAUAGUCACAUACAACAAGUGACUGAAACAUUAUUAGACCUGGAAAAAUCUUUAAAGGGCUAUCCUCGUAGGCUUAACCCUUUUGUCAUAGAACCGUGGGAACUUAUUCGAUCACCUGAUUAUAUAAAAGCUGUCAGGUAUCGAUUAUAUAAUGAUUUUCCUGACACCUGGAAGUCCACUGUAAAAGCUGUCCUUGCUGAGAACAAUUUUGAUUAUGCUAAGAGCUUCGCCAAAAUUCGAGAUUUGACGACUAAUAAUUGGUGGAAUUCGAUUUUCAGCGUUUUUCGACGUAAAAUGUGUAAAGAAGUCGAAAAUCCUGAACUGGAAGAAGAAGUCCAUCGAAUGCAAAUACAUAGACUGGAAGAACUAUCUAGAGCUGAUUAUGAAGUUGCUAAAAAAAUUAAUUUUAUGGAAUAUACUGACAACGAUCAACUCAUUACUUGUAGUUGUUGUUACGGUGAUUAUCCUUUCGAAGAUUUAGCAUGUUGUAGUGAGGGACACUUAUUUUGCAAAGAAUGCAUUAAUCACUUUGUACAAGAAGGAUUAUUUGGUCAAGGGUCAUUACGAGGAAAACAAAUUAAUUGCAUAGAACCAAGCGGAUGUGCUGGUUACUUUAGUGAGAAUCAACUCAAAGCAACUUUGAUGCCUGAUGUUUACAAACAUUAUAUAGAUUCACUCAUAGAACAUUCUUUAAAACAAGCAAAUUUAUCCCUCAUUCAAUGCCCAUUUUGUUCUUAUUGUGAGGUUGAUGAUGACAGUCCAUUCCAUCAGUUAAAAAUCCCCAAAUCUGCCGUGAUAGUA